AUGACUGAUAGAAUAACUAGCUUACAAGAUUCUAUAAAUAAUUUAGCUGAUCAAAUGGCUAAUGGUAUUGGAGUUUUACAAAUGAAUGCAGGACCAUGUCCACUAGGAGAGGUGACAGAUUUUAUCAAAGAAGAAAAUUUAAGUGAAGUUUAUGCUUCUGAUAUUGCAUUUACAUCUAAAAUUAUUGACAAUUUAAUUGAAUCAUUACCAUCAACUGAAAAUAAUGAAGAAAGAACUGCGAAUGAAUUGGCAAAAAUUAACAUUCAACGACAACAGGAAACUGCAAAAUUAAAAAAAGAAAUUAAUGAAGCUGGUAAAUUAUUAAAAAUAUUAAGUGAUGCAUUAGAAGAUAUAAGUAAAACCCAAAUUGAAGCAAGACCAAGAGUUUAA